GUGAUAUCCUUCCGCGUGGGUGAAGCGCGCGCUCCUUUCCCUCCAGACGAUUCAGGAUGCGGAUGGGCGGCUGCGGAGCUUCGACUCGCUGCUGCUCGCCUCGAUCGUAAACAUUUUAAACGCAUCACGCGAGUCAGAAACCCCGAGCGAACACCGGAGAGCGCCCGCCGUUUCCGCCGCGAACCGAGCUCGCCCUCGACGGCACCGAGUGAGCGCCGUGGAAGAAAUAUAAUCCGCUGCGGCGGUGCGCGGCAACAGAACGUGUGAGAGACGAGAGCGGCGGCGGCAUGGAGCUCAUCACCAUCCUGGAAAAAACGGUCUCUCCGGAUCGGAAUGAGCUGGAGGCGGCGCAGAAGUUUCUGGAGCAGGCGGCGGUGGAGAACCUGCCCACCUUUCUGGUAGAGCUCUCCAAAGUCUUGGCGAAUCCCGGGAACACGCAGGUGGCCCGGGUGGCUGCCGGCCUGCAGGUGAAGAACUCUCUGACCUCCAAAGAUCCCGACGUGAAGACGCAGUACCAACAGAGAUGGCUCGCCAUCGACGCCAACGCUCGCCGCGAAAUCAAGAACUACGUCUUACAGACUCUGGGCACGGAGACGUACCGACCCAGCUCCGCCUCGCAGUGCGUCGCCGGCAUCGCCUGCGCCGAGAUCCCGGUCAACCAGUGGCCCGAGCUGAUCCCUCAGCUGGUGGCCAACGUGACGGACCCGUCCAGCACCGAGCACAUGAAGGAGUCCACGCUGGAGGCCAUCGGCUACAUCUGCCAGGACAUCGACCCGGAGCAGCUGCAGGAGAACGGAAACCAGAUCCUGACCGCCAUCAUCCAGGGCAUGAGGAAGGAGGAGCCUAGCAACAACGUCAAGCUGGCCGCCACCAACGCGCUGCUCAACUCGCUGGAGUUCACAAAGGCUAACUUCGACAAGGAGACGGAGAGACACUUCAUCAUGCAGGUGGUGUGCGAGGCCACGCAGUGUCCCGACACCAGAGUGCGCGUGGCGGCGCUGCAGAACCUGGUGAAGAUCAUGUCGCUGUACUACCAGUACAUGGAGACGUACAUGGGCCCGGCGCUGUUCGCGAUCACCAUCGAGGCGAUGAAGAGCGAUAUCGACGAGGUGGCUCUGCAGGGCAUCGAGUUCUGGUCCAACGUCUGCGACGAGGAGAUGGACCUGGCCAUCGAGGCCUCAGAGGCCUCAGAGCAGGGUCGCCCCCCUGAGCACACCAGCAAGUUCUACGCCAAAGGAGCGCUGCAGUACCUGGUCCCCAUCCUGACCCAAACGCUGACCAAGCAGGACGAGAACGACGACGACGACGACUGGAACCCCUGCAAGGCGGCCGGCGUGUGCUUAAUGCUGCUCGCCACGUGCUGCGAGGACGACGUGGUUCCUCACGUUCUGCCCUUCAUCAAGGAGCACAUCAAGCACCCCGACUGGCGCUACCGCGACGCCUCCGUCAUGGCCUUCGGCUCCAUCCUGGAGGGGCCCGACCUCAACCAGCUCAAGCCCCUGGUCAUCCAGGCCAUGCCCACGCUGAUAGAGCUGAUGAAGGACCCCAGCGUGGUGGUGAGGGACACCACGGCCUGGACAGUGGGGAGGAUCUGCGAGCUGCUGCCCGAGGCCGCCAUCAACGAGGUCUACCUGGCCCCCCUGCUGCAGUGCCUGAUCGAGGGGCUGGGGGCGGAGCCACGGGUAGCUUCCAACGUGUGCUGGGCCUUCUCGUCUCUGGCGGAGGCGGCGUACGAAGCCACGGAUGCGGCGGAGGACCAGGAGGAGCCCAGCACUUACUGCCUGUCCUCCUCCUUUGAGAUCAUCGUGCAGAAGCUGCUGGAGACCACAGACAGGCCUGAUGGUCAUCAGAACAACCUGCGCUCGGCGGCCUACGAGGCUCUAAUGGAGAUCGUGAAGAACAGCGCUCAAGACUGCUACCCCGCCGUGCAGAAGACCACGCUGGUCAUCAUGGAGCGGCUGCAGCAGGUCCUGCAGAUGGAGUCUCACAUCCAGAGCACCUCCGACAGAAUCCAGUUCAACGAUCUGCAGUCUCUGCUCUGUGCAACGCUCCAGAAUGUGCUCAGGAAGGUGCAGCACCAGGACGCGCUGCAGAUCUCUGACGUGGUCAUGGCGUCUUUGCUCAGGAUGUUUCAGAGCACGGCCGGCUCUGGUGGCGUUCAGGAGGACGCUCUGAUGGCCGUCUCCACUCUGGUUGAAGUUCUGGGUAGUGACUUCCAGAAGUACAUGGAGGCGUUCAAGCCCUUCCUCGCCAUCGGACUGAAGAAUUACGCUGAAUACCAGGUGUGCCUGGCGGCUGUGGGCCUGGUGUGCGACCUGUGCAGAGCUUUGACCUCCAACAUCCUGCCUUACUGUGACGAGAUCAUGCAGCUGCUGCUGGAGAACCUCGGGAAUGAGAACGUGCAUCGGUCUGUGAAGCCUCAGAUCCUCUCGGCGUUUGGAGACAUCGCUCUGGCGAUCGGAGGAGAGUUCAAGAAGUAUCUGGACAUCGUGCUAGACACCCUGCAGCAGGCCUCGCAGGCGCAGGUGGACAAGACGGACUACGACAUGGUGGACUACCUGAACGAGCUGAGGGAGGGCUGUCUGGAGGCGUACACCGGCAUCAUUCAGGGCCUGAAGGGCGACCAGGAGAACGUGCACCCCGACGUCAUGCUGGUGCAGCCUCGGGUGGAGUUCAUCCUGUCCUUCAUCCACCACAUCGCCGAGGAUGAAGAUCACUCUGAUGGAGUGGUGGCCAACGCUGCUGGACUGAUCGGCGACCUGUGUACGGCGUUCGGGAAAGACGUGAUGAAGCUGGUGGAGGUGCGCCCGCUCAUCAACGACCUGCUGACAGAGGGCCGGCGCUCCAAAACCAACAAGACCAAGAUGCUGGCCACCUGGGCCACCAAGGAGCUGCGCAAGCUGAAAAGCCAGGCCUGAUGGGGGGGUCAGACGUGACAUCAGAAGCUUCAGGAUGAACGGCGCCGGACGAGCGUGUUGGAGCGCCGCCGGCUGCAGUGAGAUGAGUGUCUGUGUGAGCGCGAUGACAUCACCACCUCCAGAUCCAGCAGGCCACACCCCCACCACCCUGCCCCUCCCCCUCGGACAGCCUUCUGAAACAUUCCCGAGCUGUGCUGUGAUUCUGGCUUCCUGCUGUCCCCCCCCCUCCUGGACUUGGGAAGCUGGACUCCGGACACCCCAAAGGACUUUUUUUGUUUGGCCUACUGUCGGGGGUUGUGCGUCUGGGCUCGGCGGGGCGGUCCUCUGGCCGGGCGCCGCGCUCUGAGACCUUUCCGGAUCAUUGGGAACUGGAGCUGCGCUGUGUGGGCUUUUAUUUUGGAGAGAUGCUGCAGCUGUAGGGAGAAUGCACUUCCUGUGUACAUGAACCAGAUGCUGGAUUGUUGCAUUGUGAAUCAUUGGAAGCCAGUCUUUAUUUCCACUUUAGUGAACUAAUAAAGUCUAUAUUGUUCUGAA